AUGCCAUUUCCUGUGGCCUCCUCCCCCCGCUGCUUCCUCACCUACUUCCUCUCUUUACUUCUCCUGACCACCAUCUUGGCCUCCUACACUUUGGGCUUCCAACUGGUGAGGCAUCCGCUGAACCUGGCUUCUCUAGGCCUCUAUGGAGCUUUCUUGAGCCUCCACUUCCUGGCUCAGGGAUGUUUUGCCUACAUGGAACUACGCAAGCAUCAGGGACCUGCCCUGCCUUGCAGCUUCUCCAGAACUGUGGCCCUCACCAUUUCUGCCUAUCAAGAGGACCCUUCGUACCUGCGCCAGUGCCUGGAAUCAGCCCGAGACAUGGCCUAUCCAAAGCACCUUCUCUCCGUGGUGAUGGUUGUCGAUGGUAACAGCCCUGAAGAUCAGUACAUGAUGGAGAUGUUCCAGGAGAUCUUUCGUGGUGAAGACUUGGGUACCUAUGUGUGGAAGGGCAACUAUCACAGUCACCCAGAGACAGAGGAACUGAAGGAGUCCCAACAGCGGGAAGUGGAGACAUUGAUCAGGAACAAAAGAUGUGUUUGCAUCAUGCAGAAGUGGGGUGGGAAGCGGGAGGUGAUGUACACAGCCUUUCGAGCUCUGAGGGACUCAGUGGACUACAUCCAGGUCUGUGACUCAGACACCAGACUGGAUUUGAUGGCAACGGUGGAAUUAGUGAAGGUACUGGAGUCCAACGAGCGCUACGGGGCUGUCGGAGGGGAGGUGCGGAUCCUCAACGUAUCAGACUCAUUCAUCAGCUUCAUGAGCAGCCUGCGCUACUGGAUGGCCUUCAACAUGGAACGCGCCUGCCAGUCUUACUUCGACUGCGUCUCCUGCAUCAGCGGCCCCCUGGGCAUGUACCGUAAUGACCUCUUGCAGCAGUUCCUGGAGUCCUGGUAUCAUCAGACCUUCAUGGGUAACAGGUGCACCUUUGGGGACGAUCGGCAUCUCACCAACCGUGUCCUGAGUCUCGGCUAUGCCACCAAGUAUGCCCCCCGUUCCGUCUGCCACUCCGAGACACCUUCCGUCCUCCUUCGCUGGGUCUCCCAGCAGACGCGCUGGUCUCGUUCGUACUUCCGUGAGUGGUCCUACAUGGUCCUGUGGUGGCCCCGGCAAUCCCCCUGGCUGGCCUACGAGGCCAUCGUUUCGGGACUCUUCCCCUUCCUGGUGGCCGUCACGACGCUGCGGGUCCUUUAUAGCGGCCGCCUCUGGUGCUCGCUGUGGAUGCUCAUCUGCGUUCAGAUGGGUGGCCUGGGCAAGGCCUUGUACGCCACCAUCCUCCGCCGCAGUCCCAUCAUGCUCCUGGCUUCCCUCUACUCUGCCCUCUACAUGGCCAUUUUGCUGCCCACCAAGCUCUUUGCCCUGGUCACCCUGCCCUGGGCAGAGGGUUGGGGCACCUCUGGCCGGCUCCAUAUCCGCACUAACUAUUUGGGUCUCCUGCCUCUGCUCGCGUGGUGGGGGACCGUGGUGGGGGGAUUGAGCUUCACCCUCUGUAAUGAGGCUGCGAGAGGCUGGAGGGAUCUGGAAGCGCUGAGCUACGGGUUGUCCGCCUGUCUGGCCCACUGGGGGAUUCUGCUGGGCUUCUACUUGGUGCGAGUGCGUCACGUCUGCCGCCGCCGCCGUCAGAUCUACAGGUUAGAUCGAGCCUGGAGAGCCUGGGAGUGUGGAGAGCUGGGAACUCAUGGAAGGAAUUUGGAGUCAGGUUUUAAUCCGUUCGGUUUUGUUCAAAGAGGCAUUCAAAGUGAGGAGGAGCAGGGAGGCCGGUUCCACGAAUUUUCAGAAUUUCGUUCUCACAAGUCCUGCUGUGCUGUGAGAGGCUCUCAGAAGAAAGAAGAAGCGUGGUUCACACGAGUCUCGCUAAAGAUGCUGGCGGCGGCGUAUGGCCUGGCUUUCCUCAGCGGGCUGAUGUUAAACGGCUCCACCGUCCUCAUCCUCUCCCGUGGGAAAGAGAGAGUCAUUGACCUGAUGUGGUCUCUCAACCUGGCCAUCGUGGAUUUCAUCUUCAUCUCGCUCCUGCCCCUCAGAGUUUGGUCCAUGAGCUCCAGCUUCAAUACCCUCCUGAUACUGAACAGCAGCAUCACCGCCGUACACAUCGUCGCCAGGGCUAUUUUCUUGGCCGCCAUGACCACCUGUUGUACCAUCUCCGUGGCCUGCCCUGCAUGGCUUGAACAACCCCAGGCAUUCUGGUGGGCUUUGAUGGCCACUCUGGUCAUCUGGGCUUUGUCCUUUGCAUUCAGUGUACGUUACGCUGACCUCUGGGAAGCAGUGAUGUUGUCCAGUGACACCCCAAUUGACCUGGAUGGAUGGAUGACCAUGAGACCUCUCUCCACCACUCUCCUGGUCUGGUUCCUGUGCUUGCUCACCUUAAUGAUGAUUUGCUAUAUCCUCCACACAAGCAAGCAAAAGAAACCCCACCACACCUGGUCCAGGGAGCUCAUCAAACGCCCCUUCCUUUUCCUCCUUACGUUUUCCUUCUGCUGGCUCCCUUAUCACGUUCUCUACUUCCUUCUAGUGAUGUGGCUGGACUCACCUGACAAAUCUUCUCCAGGCUUCAUCUCAGGCUGCUAG